AAGAAAGAGAAUGCGUGGACGCGAACUGACCAAUACUGGAAUUUGGGAAAGGAGCAAUCCAUUUCUGAGAGACAUGUUACACAUUCGAUAUUUUUGGAACUGUGUCCUCUCAGCGACCCCCGCCUCCCACCCACCACCCACACGCACCCCUAGUAGUCGUAUAAAACCUGGAACUCCACCCCCCUCAUCACAGUUCACGUUUCACCUCUGAACUUCACAGUUUGCUUGCAAGUGACAUCCUAACCUAACCACACACAAUGGCUUUGGAACGCGCAGUCAGAGCUAAGCUGAUGAGCAAACGCGACCCGGACCAGGAGGCCGAGGCUCAGGAAUGGAUUGAACUGGUGCUGGGCAAGCGCUUCCCCAAGGGAGAGCUCUACGAGGACGUCAUCCGCGACGGACAGAUCCUCUGCGAGGUCAUGAACAAGCUCAAGCCCAACGCCAUUCCAAAGAUCAACACCUCCGGCGGUCAGUUCAAGAUGAUGGAGAACAUCAACAACUUCCAGAAAGCGAUGAGAGAUUAUGGGGUUCCGGAAGUGGACGUAUUUCAAACGGUAGACCUGUGGGAAAAGAAAGACAUUGCUCAAGUCACAAACACAUUAUUCGCCCUUGGCAGGACUACCUACAAGCACGCCGACUGGAAGGGACCCUGGUUGGGCCCGAAGCCAGCUGACGAGAACAAGCGUGAGUUCUCUGAGGCCCAACUGAAGGCCGGUCAGACCAUCAUUGGCCUCCAGGCGGGAACCAACAAGGGAGCCAGCCAAUCCGGUCAGAACAUUGGUGCCUCCAGGAAGAUCCUGCUCGGAAAGUGAACCACCCAAUUCCGACCGCAUCCCCUCAUCUCGCUAUACACUUAUUCCACUGACAACUAUUUAUUAUUACUUUUUGUAUAAUAUUCAAAUCAUUGUACUAAUUUAUUUUUUACAAACGUGUAUUUAGACUAUAGUGUGUGUGAUGAAGUCAGGAGGAGGAGAUCACGUGUUUACAAGAAAAAUAUAGAAAAUCUGGAGAGGGAGAAAGUAAAAAAUUUUGCACAUUCAUUUGGAAAUUACAAUCUUCCAUAGGUGAAUGCUACAAGUAAAUUGCAAUAAUGUAACAUCGAUGAGUUGUUAUAAGAAGAAUAAAGUUUUCUUAUGAGUUUGA